GUCUGGACCCCAUGCUGUAUGCUUAAUGUUGACUGUGGCCAAGAGUCUCUUCCUUUCCUGACCUAGAAACUUAAGUGAUCAACAUGCCCAAUCACAUGUCGCUUGACAGCAGUUCUGUCACUCUCGCUCUUCAUCCUCUACGACAGGAUCUGAUCAUCUCAAAUUACAGUUGUGCAAGAGGUGUUUGUGUUGAGCAAAGUAGGUCACCCAUGUGUGCUUGAUCCAUAUGUAAAGACAAAUGUCUUGGGUGGAUAAGAUAUUUUAAUGUAUUUUAUUGGAAUAAACUUGAUGUUGUUGGAUUGAGUUUGUUUCUAUUCUAUUGAAUGUUGAUUUAAAAUGUGUCUUACAUGAAAAAAAAUCCUUAAAGUCUGAAAUAGACUACACACACAGCAAAAUGUGUUUUAUGUAGAUUACUACACAAUGGACAUCAACAUUUAAUUAAAAAAACAAAAACAGCGGUUAAAAUUGUGCAACGAACUAGUUUGCAUUAAAAAAAACGUGAGAAAUUCACAAGAUGUAUUUUUCCCCACAUUCUUUAAAAAAUUACUGUAUCGGAAGCGCUGUACUGCUUUCACAAAACACGAGUUAUUUCUGCUUUUAUUGUGAAGGGCAUGGUGGCCGGAAAUAGAUAAGUGUUUCCGGGUUAUUGCCUCGUGUAGCUUUCUUUUCAGUAAAUAGCCUCCGCUAACAUUCUGUAUUUUACUUUGUUUGUAUCAUGAUGCGGCUAUGUAAAGUGUGCAACGAGCAAACACCCAAAUACAAAUGUCCCGUCUGCGAAAUAAGAUAUUGUUCUCUUUCCUGCUACAAAAAGCAUAAAGAUUUGUGCCUUCCUGUUAAGCAGCUGAUACCCAAUGGAACAAAGGAUGCUGUCAAUACGGGAAACAUAGACACACGCCCUGCAGACAAGUGGAAUGUGGAGGAUCUUCUUCCUGAAGAGGACAUUGCUGAUCUAGUCCCUCUAGCGAAGCUUCAAUUGUUAGGUCAAUCAAAAGAACUUAAGGAUCUUCUUUGUAAUCCCCACCUAAGAGAAUUAUUAAGGCGCAUAGACAGUGUAGACCACAAGGAAGCAGCAAUGAAGGCAGCUAUGCAGGAGCCCUUAUUUGUGGAGUUUUCAGAUCGAUGUUUGAAGGUUGUAGAAAAAGAAGCCCACCCAGAGGAGUGCAGUGAGGACUGGUAAAGUUGUAUUUACUUUGAGAAGGAUUUUCAUAAAAACAUAAUCAGGAAUGUUACACAUGGGUCAUUUUAUAAUGUCAUUUAUUUUUAUAUAUCAAUUAUUUCCAUUUUUAUACCUUACCUCACAUUAACAAAAGCAGGCGAAGAAAUAUAAACAAUUAGAUUUUCUUCUAUGAAUCAUGCGCGCAUUAGUAAAUGGCACAAUAUUCCAAAAUAUUUUACAAUAGAUGGAUGAAACAAGUUCCAAACAUUCCCAUGGGUUGCAUAUUUGAAAGCAGCAGUAUGAACAACUUGUGAUUCUUUUUUUUCCCCCUGAUCACGUGAUUUGUUUGGUGAUGUUGGAAUGUGCAAUAUCUGCAUUUGAUGUGCAAGAAAUAUAUAUACCCACUUUGGUUCUGCAGCAUACAAGAAAAAAUAUAUCUUGAUAUUUGGUGUGUA